GGCGGGCGGCGGCUCCCGGGCGGCUCCCCGCGGCCCGCAGGGGCUGGGGGCUGGCGCUGGGGCUGGCUCUGGGCGUUCGGGCGGCGCCGGAGGGAGGCGAGGCUGAGAGCGGGCGGGAGGAGAAGCCGCCCUCUCCGCGGGGCUUCGGCGCGGCCGUGGAGAGGAGCAGGGACCUGGUGCGGAGGAUCAAGGAUGAAGCAGGAAUCCCUGGUAUAUUAGUUGGAGUUUCUGUAGAUGGAAAGGAAGUCUGGUCAGAAGGUUUGGGCUAUGCUGACGUGGAGAACCGCGUGGUGUGCAAGCCAGAGACCAUCAUGCGCAUCGCCAGCAUCAGCAAGUGCCUCACAAUGAUGGCUGUUGCCAAACUCUGGGAAGAGGGGAAGCUCGAUUUAGAUGCCCCAGUGCAGAAAUAUGUCCCUGAAUUUCCAGAAAAAGUCUACGAGGGUGAAAAGGUCACUAUUACCACAAGACAGUUAGUUUCACACUUGAGUGGGAUUCGUCACUAUGAAAAAGAUAUUACAAAAGUAAAAGAAGAAAAGGAAAAGGCAAACAGAGCACUUAAGCUAACCAAAUCCCAUCAGGAUAAAGAACAAAAAGCAAAAGAAGGUAAAGGGACUGAAAACACUGAUUGUGGCAAACAGAAGAAAGAACAUGAUAGUGAGACAAAGAGCCGAAGUUCAAAGCCUGGCAGGAACGACAAGGAGUUUGACCAGGAAGAGUAUUAUUUGAAGGAAAAAUUUGAAAGUGUGAUUGAGUCACUGAAGAUAUUUAAAAAUGAUCCCUUAUUCUUUAAACCAGGCAGUCAGUUCUUGUACUCAACGUACGGCUUUACUCUCUUAAGUGCUGUGGUGGAGAGAGCUUCAGGACAGAAAUUUACAGAUUAUAUGCUGAAAAUGUUUCGAGAUUUGGAUAUGCUGUCAACUGUCCUAGAUGACAAUGAAGCAAUGAUAUAUAACAGAGCAAGGUGUUACAUUUACAACAAAAAGGGACGGCUGGUAAACGCACCGUAUGUGGACAACUCUUACAAGUGGGCUGGUGGUGGCUUCCUGUCAUCAGUAGGUGACCUCCUGAAAUUUGGAAAUGCCUUGUUGUACAGUUACCAAGCCGGACAAUUUAAAAACAAGAACACCAAACUUCUUCCAGGGUACCUCAAGCCAAGCACAGUGGCAAUGAUGUGGACUCCAGUGCCAAAAACAGAAGUGUCAUGGGACAGGGAUGGUAAAUACGCCAUGGCUUGGGCUGUGGUAGAGAAAAACCAACAGUGUGGCUGCUGCAGGCAGCAGAGGCACUAUGCAUCUCACACCGGGGGCGCCGUGGGGGCCAGCAGUGUCCUCCUCAUCCUGCCUGAAGAGCUGGACCCUGAAGCUGUGGGUGCUUGGCCAGUGGCACCCCCCAGAGGUGUCAUUGUCUCCAUUAUCUGUAACAUGCAGUCGGUGUCGCUCAACAGCACCGCCUUAAAGAUCGCAAGGGAAUUCGACAAAGAGAAACGGCAACAGUCUGUGGGCUGAGAGAUGGGAGGGACUGAACCCACUGGGCUGACAAACAAAGGGACAAGGGUGUAACUGCACUUCAAGUUCACUAAGAAUAUGGGAAGAAAAUGCAUAAAUAAUUCACUUAAUCUCUGCUAGUGGUGCUAAACUUACAUCUAACUGGAAUUCAUCUCUCAGGGAAGUUCCUAACUUACAGAAAAUGAGAAUGUAACAGUCUAAGGUGACUUUCUGUAGCACCUGUAAAUGAUCAUUAUAUUUAGCAGGUUAUUUUUACCAACUAGUGAAACACUUGACCAAGAUAAAAAAAUAGCCUUUUUUUUUUGCACUAAGUGCAAAUUAUCUACCUUGAAUGUUAAACUUUUGAAAAAUUUCACAUCUUGAUUUUAGCACACCAAUAUGUUGCUUGUUAUUCUCACAGUUCCAGUCUGCUACAAAUAUUCAGUAUUACUUUUUAAACAAAAAUUGUGUCACCAUUGUUUUUUGUUUUCACAUACCACUUCCCUUACUUGCUUAAAAAACCAACAAAAUCCAAACCUUGAAGCUACCUCCAGAAUGCAGAUUUAUACCCAGAAGCAGGCUUUUAUCAGACCUGUGGAUUAAGAACUAGAAAAGAAUAAUCUAGACCAAUGUAAAGUAAAUUCAAAUGUAAAGUAAAAUUCUUUUCAUUUUUUAGAUAUUCUCUCAUCCAUUUUUAUUGGACACAGAGAAUGUGUAGAAUUAGUUUACUGUGCAGUAAAGGUAUUAUUUCUAGAUUCAAAUCCACCCAAAUAGCACAAUGUGCAAGGUGUCCAACUGUCCCAUUGUUUUUGAGUGAUAUACACUUGGUAGCCAGAAAUGGCACUGUGCUCUGUAGCCUGGCUACUCCCUUGUAAACAGGAAUUAGGAACUCAAAUAGCUCAAUACAGCUCAAAGUCCAUGCUUGAAGCCAGGAGUAGAAGUUUCACCAAGCAAACACGGCCAUGGCAGCUGGAGCACAGCUCAAAGUGCUGCGUCCAGGGGUGGGGACACCACCAGCUCUGUGGGCAGCUCCUUCCAAUGCCUGGUCACCCUCUCUGUAAAGAAAUUCUUCCUGUUGUUCAACCUGAUCCUCACCUGGUGCAGGUUGAGGCCAUGUCCUCUUGUCCUUUCACUUGUUCCCUGUGAGAAGAGGCUGAUCCCCGCUGGCUCCAGCCUUCUGUCAGGAGUUGUAGAGUGAUAAGGUCACCCCUUUGCUCCAGACUCCUUCAGCUUCUUGUCAGACUUGUGCUCCCAGAGAAAGAAAGAAUGGUGACUGCCUUUCUCUGGACAUGCUCCAGCUCCUCAAUGCCUUUCUUGAAGUGAGGGGCCCAGAACUGGACACGAGACUAGAGGUGUGAGAUUUUCUAAUUAUCAGUUUCACAAUGGGAAUAAAGUAGCAUCUGAAGUGUCCAUUUUAUGUAUUUCACAAUGGCAUGGAAGAUCUCUGUCAUCUCAAAGAUUUACCCCCAGCUCACUUCCCCUGCAGUUAUAUCAGACAGUACUUCCAGCCUGAGACAAAACAGAAAUAUCUUUCAGGAAAGGUUCCUGCACUGCUCAGCAGUUCUGCUGCUCUGAAUUUAAGGAGUAAGGUGUCUUGGUUAGCAGGUAGGAGAAGAUAACCCUACCUGCCUCUUUCCCAAACUAAUACUUUUGGUGUUAUCCUCACAGUUGUCACCUGCCCUGUCACCAAGAAACCGGGAAAUUCAGUAUUUUGAGGGAUCAGUGUUUUACCUACAUUUAAAUUGGAGCUAAUAAGACUAGUUUAGUAUAUUCUUCAUAAUUACAAUCAUUAUUGUACCUUAAAAAAUGUUUGCUUGGGGUUUCUGGCGCACUCACCAAAAUUUCACUUCUUUAUUCAUUAAGAAUGUAUUGUCUUUAUUGCAAGAGUAUCCAAUAAUUUCAUCUUCUAGCACCUGGAAGAAAAUGGGUCCCUUACAGUCUCUGCUUUGAUGUUAAAUUAAUCAUGAGUUCUUAUCUUUUCGGGUAGAGAAGGCAGAGAUAUGACAGUCUAGGAAUCAAUCUGGCCUUAGCACAUGUAUUCAGGUUACAAUUAAUAUUGCUACUUUGAACUUUGUUCUAAAACCAGUAAUUUGAUGGGCUGGCAUUGUACAUGAGAAACUAACUAGACCAUGUCUGGUCAAUUAAGAGCAGCUUUCAUGAUAAACUUACUUGUGAGUGAACCUUUCUUGUGAGUGGCACUGACAUAAGCCCCUAUUUUUCUUAGAAGGCUUGUGUAUUCCAUUGGUACACCUGUUUCUGUAUCAAACACCUCCUUCUGCAUAUGGUAUUUACAUGUUUGCUGUUUGAAAUAACAGAAAUAAAACCUACCUUGCAAAUGCAA